AAAGCAUGAUUAAGUAUUACUUAAGGGGGUAGCUUGAGAAAAUUAAGUUAUUCGAAGUUUGCCUAUAGUACGACGUAGCAGCAUUCGUUAUUGUGGUAUGUCUGACUCCGAGAAACUUCUAGAUUCCGACCAUGAAUCUUUGCCAGCUGGUACUAGUGUACAUUCGUUGCGUGAUGGUAUUUCUGCACAUAAUACUGGGAAUAACGACUUGGUGGAUACUUUCUCUCUGUUUAAAACCUAUCUUGAUGGGAAGAUCGCUACUCUACACAAAGAUUUGGCAGUUGGCAACGAGAAUUUUGCUACCAAACUCAAGCAGGAAGUUUCAGUUAAACUCAAAGGUGAGGGCAACCAGAUACAAUUCAUCUUUAAUUGUGAAAUCAUGGCCGACCUCGUUAAGCUCCAGAAGCGUAUUCCUGAUGAAGAUGCAGCUUGUCUUAAAUUGGUAUCUGGAGCUAUCCUUAAGGUUAAGAAGCGAAAUAAACUCAUCCGCAUUGCAGACAAAUCUCCUGCAGGAUGGAAAACCGUCCGUGAAUAUGAAAGCGACGACCUUGCCUCCGACUCAGAAGACGAGAAGCGCAUUCGUUCUGCAGAAACCCGUGCCAUCAGGAGUAUCAAGGAAAAGAAAAGACCUCAUCCUUAUAGAACCGCUACAGCUACUGCUUCUGCUCCUUCUGCACCUAUGCCUAAUCAACAUAACGCUAGACAAAACAACUACCAACAGCCGCCCUUUCGGACCGGCAGACGGAGGGAACCGUCAUCUCAGGACAUCUGUUACAACUGCAACCAGCUUGGUCACUGGCGAACUCAGUGCCCCCUCUUAUUCAGUACAAAACCAGGUGUCUCAGGGACAACAAGGCAACAGAAUUAAUGGUUUUUCAGAUAUUUUUUCAUGUGGAAUAUGGAAAUCCUUGCCUAAGCCAGUCGACCAAGAUUUGACAUCUUUAUCUAAUUGCCUACCUGAGUUCUGUCUGCGUUCGAAGGCCGAGAAUACCAAAAGAAAAUAUUCAUAUGCAUUUAACAAUUUCUGUAAGUGGUGUAAUAACUAUUUAAAUGUUAAACCUUUACCAGCUUCAGAUUUUUAUGUUUCAUUGUACUUAAUACACCUGUCAAAGACAUUUAAUUCGUAUGCUAAGGUUGAAGAAGCAUAUUAUUCCAUAAGCUGGGCUCAUAAACUAGCAGGCUAUCCAAACCCGUGUUAUUCACAGUUGUGUAUAUCGGUUAAAGAAGGAGCUCAUAGAAAGAUCGGACAUGCUAUUGUAAAUAAAAAAAGAACCAAUUACACCAGAUAUUUUAAAGAAAAUUGUUAUUAAAUAUGGUCAAGAAUGUAACAAUCUUAUAGAAAUUAGAAUUUGUUGUAUGUGUCUUAUAAGCUAUGCAGGGUUCUUAAGGUUUUCUGAAAUGGUAAAUUUAAAAAGAUCUGAUAUAAAAUUUAGUGAUUCACAUGUCUCUUUGCUCAUAACGAAAAGCAAAACUGAUCAUUAUAGAGAAGGCACACAGGUUUUAAUUGCUAGAACAGAUACACAAACAUGUCCUGUUAGU